GUCCCGCUUACCAGUUACCGUUCAAAAGAAAGAAGUAGGGUGUCCCUAGUAAACUUGUAUAGUUCAGGUGAAGUACUUGUAAGGCCAAGGCAAGUGCUCACCUUAUCAAGCUAAGCCCCUAACGCUAUCAGGCGCGGGAGCUCCUUGCUGCUGCGCCACGUAUCUCGAAUCGUCUACGAAUUCUGGAGAUGGGCCUCACCGAAGCACCCCUCCGACUGCCUACAAUCGACAUCGCACCUUACCUCGAAACUACGCAGUCCAACAGCUCAGAACGAGCAGCGGUCUCCAAAGCUCUUCAUGAGGCUUGCGUAGAAUAUGGUUUCUUUUACCUCGACAUCUCCAAAUAUGUGGAUCCUGGCGAGCCUGAAGAGCUCACUCGACUAGCUCGCGAGUUUUUCUUCCUACCACAAGAAGAGAAGGACAAGAUAUCUAUCACCCUCCAAGAUAAUGCCCGAGGGUACCAGAGACUCAAGGAAAAUGUUACUAACGGCAAGGCUGACAACCAUGAAGGGAUUGACAUCUACAAGCCGGUUGAGAACCCCGACAAAUCGAAAACCCUCUGGGGUGAGAACCAAUGGCCAACGAUACCCGGCUUUCGAGAGAAAUAUGAGCAGUGGAUUGAGAAGAUGAGGAAACUAGGAAUGAUCGUCAUGGAAGCGAUGGCCGAUGGACUUGGUUUGAAAGAAGAUGAAUGGAAGGAGUUCCGCUCUCAAGUGGAAGAUAGCUUCUGGUAUAUGCGGAUUAUUGGUUACCCCCCUUUACCAAAUGAUUACGACGGGUUCUCGGUCGGAGCACACAAGGACUAUGGAUGCUUGACCCUGCUUUACGCGGAUCCCACGCGCUCAGCUUUACAAGUGUUUUUGCAUAGAAGUGGACACACAGUCACAGAUAUAAACGGACUUCCAGAUGAGCAGGACGGUGAGGAGGGGGUAUGGAUCGAUGCUGACCCUAUUCCUGGGUGUAUAGUUUGCAAUAUCGGCUCAAUGUGGGAAGUAUGGUCGAAUGGAUUGUACAAAAGCACACUGCAUAGGGUAAUCCACAGGGGUGCCAACUACCGCGUCUCGAUUCCGUUUUUCUUUGAACCCAACUUCGAUGCGAAUGUGAAACCACUGCCUGCUGCGAUAGCACAGACUGGAGACGUGCAGGUCUACAAACCUGUGGAGUAUAGUAAAUUCCUGCUCAGUAAAGUCAGCUACAACUUUUCUUUGGAGGGUAUGUAGUUUGUAAGUUGUACGUGUUACGGGAAGUCAAUUGCUUUCGAUCCUGCGGCGAGCCUUGUAUGUCACGUGCAUCUACGGAUCGGACCCGGCAAGUCAUUUCCGAGUCAAGAGGCCAUGAUUAAUGUUCUGACAUCGAUCAAUCGACAUUGGAUUCCUUGGAGGCAUUUGAAGACCAGGAAAAUGUCCUACGAAGCAUCCCUAGCGAAACUAGCCUCCCCACUCAAGGAACUCGUCUCGAACGCGCAAUCUGACACGGGGACAUCCGAUGCAGACAAGGCAGAGGUAAUCAGCUGGAUAGAUAAG